AAUGAUUCAUUUACUGAUUGAUUGAUUGAAUACUUUAUUUAUUGAUUACUCUCAUGAUUGACACCUGCGCAAAGAGAAUGCCAUAGUCUUGCACUGAGAGGAACCAACAGCAUAGCACUUGCACACACAGACACUGAGGUAUAGCUUCUCACACUUUGCUUCUAACCAGAAGACAUCGCCCUCAGUUCUGAAGACAAGGAAUCAGCCCUGACCCCGUAUAUCACAGAUGGCUCACAGACAGGUGCGCAGGCUGCCUAUGACGCGCAGAGCGCCACAGGAUGCUUCAGUACUGAUGAGUGAGUCCAGCCCCCCAGUGAAUGAGGCGUCCCAGAAUGCACUCCUGUCCUUUCCCCGAGAGGACCGCAGAGACCGCACCACCACUCUCAGGGAGCAGCUUGUUGAAAGGGACCAGCACGUUGCCCGGCUACAAGAUGCUCUGAAGAGGGAGAGGGAAAAGUGUGGGCGUCUGCAGGCUCGGUGUGGCCAGCAGGUGGCAGAGCUGAGGCGCAGAGAGCUGCAAAACAAUAGACUGAAGGAGAGACUCCUCACAGACAAACACAAGGAUAAGGGACCCGCCAUGGAGAUGUUGAACACCCUGCCUAAGUCUCUGGCCAAGAAAGACCAAGCCCCUAGGGCCACUCACUCUGAAGGGAGGAGAGAGGAGGAGGCCCUGCGUUUGAUCCUGGAGAGAAGGGAGGCGGAGCUUAGGGAAGCCAUGAAGCUUCGCCACGCCAUCACAACCCUACUGCACACGCUCAGAACAGACAUGGAGCAGACGCUCCGUGUCAUCCUGAGUGGACAGCAGGAGGAGCCGGACAGCCAGAGGCUCGUCCAAUCAGAGGUGGUGCUGGGCGAUCACGUGACUGGAGGCGUGGUCAAAGAGUGGGUCAGGGUGCAGAACAUGCUGAACGAGAUGCAUGCACAAGGUAGCAGCACAGGGGGCACAGAUCAGGAGAAGAUAAUCGUGCAGCUGGAGAAGGAGCUGAACGAGAGCCAACAGCUGAUCAGACUGCAGCAGCAGCUACUGCAGGACAGUGUGACUCCGGCUCUCCCCGCCCCCCUCACUGACUCCUACUACCUGGAAGAGUGGGAGCGGCUUCAGGAAAAGCAGGCGGAGCUUGACCGGCAGAGGCGGAGCUUCGAGAGGGAGCGGCAAGCCUUCACUGAGGCUGCCAUCCGAUUGGGCCACGAGAGGUGUCAGUUUGAGCAGCAGAAGGCCUCUCUGGUGAGGCAGCAGUACCUGUUCAACUCUCCCCCCGUCAAACUCUCCCACCCUAACAGAAGGGUCAGCCCUGCCAUCAAGAUCUCUCAUCCUGAUGAUCCCAUGUUCAUCUCUCUGGACUCGCUCUGCCUGGCCACACCUUCCUCUACCGGCUCAGACCAGAGCCCUAGGUCACCGGGUCACCAAGAGGUCACGACCCCCAGCACCCCAGAGCUUUACUCUGCCCUCCGGCUUCCCUAUCCUAGGUCUGUGGGUACUCCCUCGCCCACUGAGUGCUGGAGAGAAGGGGGAACAGAGAGACCUCACCGCGCUCCACGCCGACGUGACCACGACUACUCCUUCUGACGACACACACACACCUCACCGCGCUCCACGCCGACGUGACCACGACUACUCCUUCUGACGACACACACACCUCACCGCGCUCCACGCCGACGUGACCACGACUACUCCUUCUGACGACACACACACACCUCACCGCGCUCCACGCCGACGUGACCACGACUACUCCUUCUGACGACACACACACCUCACCGCGCUCCACGCCGACGUGACCACGACUACUCCUUCUGACGACACACACACCUCACCGCGCUCCACGCCCGACGUGACCACGACUACUCCUUCUGACGACACACACCUCACCGCGCUCCACGCCCGACGUGACCACGACUACUCCUUCUGACGACACACACACCUCACCGCGCUCCACGCCCGACGUGACCACGACUACUCCUUCUGACGACACACACCUCAACACAGACACCCAACACAUGCUAGCAACAUACAUUUUGCCAUGUUGUCACACAACUACCGCCAAAAUGCACUACACACACACCGCCAAAAUGCACUACACACACACCGCCAAAAUGCACUUACGCUCAGUAUGCUCAGGCUGUUAUUUCACGAUUCCUUGUUUGUGAUGUCAUUAUUUUUUUCAUCUUAUUAUGGAUAAAGUUCUUGAAUAAUUCGUUUUGGUAAGAGUGCUGAC